CAGUCCCUUAGAAAAACUUCCUACAACUCUUACUAAUGUAUAAAGCUCCGCAGGCUUGUUGUUAGUUACCUUCUCAAUUUACUUUUCGCCUUAAUAAUGGGUUCCCUUGGAAUUCAAUUUUCUCAAAUGGGUUUUCUUCAAAUUUCAAGAACCCAACUCAAUUAUACGGUUUCAAUGAGAAAGCAGCAGAAAACAACAGUGUGUGGGUUGAGAAAUGGGCCAAGAAAACCCAUGUGGAGGUCAAGGGUAUUGUCAUCAGAGGCAAUACAAGCUGUGCAGUCUCUGAAAUUAGCAGCAACAUCACCUCACAAAUUAGAAGAGAUGUUGGAAAACAAACUUAGUAGGCUAUUGAAGGCUGAUGUAUUAGACACCUUGACUGAGUUGCAAAGACAAAAUCAACUUCACUUGGCUCUCAAGGGUUCAGGUGUUCAACUUUGUCAGGAACGAGGAGUGGUACAUACCAGAUAUAUCUGUGUUCAAUGGUAUGAUAAUGACGCUGGGCAGAAACAAAUUCAUUGAAAUGGCUGAACAACUCCUUGUGCACAUUAUGAAAGAAGGCCUACAGCCAGAUAGCAGAACCUAUACUGAGCUGAUUGGGGCAUACUUUAGAGUAGAUCUCAUAGAGAAGGCAAUGGAAAUGUAUGAACUGAUG